GGGGGGGUGGGUGGGGGGGAAGAGGGCCACGAUUGUCCUGGCAGCCCCGCUCCGGCCCAGGGAAGUGGCGGGACUUUGGCUGCGCCCCGGGAGGGCUCAGCGCUCUUCGAGGGACUUCGGGGCCCGAAGGGCUGGGGCCCGGCCGCCGAGCGGAGUUGGCAUUUCCAGAUUGGGGCUCGGGCCGCCCCUUCUCCAGGACCCUCCCCUCAGGACCGCGCCGGGCGCCGCGGGCGAUCCGGGUUGACUCUCCUGGCGCGGAAGGGUGGACAAGUCCUGUUUUCAGGAGAAGAUGACUUUUAACAGUUUUGAAGCAUCUAAACCUUGUGUACCUGCAGAUCUCAGUAAGGAUGAAGACUUUGUAGAAGAGUUUAAUAGAUUAAAGACUUUCACUAAUUUUCCAAGUAAUAGUCCUGUCUCGGCAUCAACGCUGGCACGAGCGGGUUUUCUGUAUACCGGCGAAGGAGACACUGUGCGCUGCUUCAGCUGCCACGCAGCAGUAGAUAGAUGGCAAUAUGGAGACUCAGCGGUUGGACGACACAGGAAAGUAUCCCCAAAUUGCAGAUUUAUCAAUGGCUUUUAUUUUGAAAGUCAUGCUGCGCAACCUACAAACCCUGGUAUCCAAAAUGGUCAGUAUAAAGCUGAAAACUAUCUGGGAAACAGAAAUCAUUUUGUUGUAGACAGGCCAUCUGAGACUCACGCAGACUAUCUUUUGAGAACUGGACAGGUUGUAGAUAUAUCAGACACCAUAUACCCGAGGAACCCCGCCAUGUAUAGUGAAGAAGCUAGAUUAAAGUCGUUUCAGAACUGGCCAGACUAUGCCCACCUGACCCCACGAGAGUUAGCUAGCGCUGGACUCUACUACACAGGUAUUGAGGAUCAAGUGCAGUGCUUUUGUUGUGGCGGAAAACUGAAAAAUUGGGAACCUUGCGAUCGUGCAUGGUCAGAACACAGGCGGCACUUUCCUAAUUGCUUCUUUGUUUUGGGCCGGAAUGUGAAUGUUCGAAGUGAAUCUGAUGUUGUGAGUUCUGAUAGGAAUUUCCCAAACUCGACAAAUGCUCCAAGAAAUCCAGCCAUGGCAGAUUAUGAAGCACGGAUCGUUACUUUUGGGACGUGGAUGUACUCCGUUAACAAGGAGCAGCUUGCCAGAGCUGGAUUUUAUGCUUUAGGGGAAGGUGAUAAAGUAAAAUGCUUUCACUGUGGAGGAGGGCUAACUGAUUGGAAGCCCAGUGAAGACCCUUGGGAACAACAUGCUAAGUGGUAUCCAGGGUGUAAAUAUCUGUUAGAAGAGAAGGGACAAGACUAUGUAACCAAUAUUCAUUUAACCCAUUCACUUGAGGACUCUAUGGUAAGAGCUGCUGAAAAAAUGCCAUCAUUAACCAAAAGAAUUGAUGAUGCCAUCUUCCAAGAUCCUAUGGUACAGCAAGCUAUACGAAUGGGAUUCAAUUUCAGAGACAUUAAGAAAGUAAUGGAAGAAAAAAUUCAGACAUCUGGGAGCAACUAUAAAUCACUUGAGAUUCUGGUUACAGACCUAGUGAGUGCUCAGAAAGACAAUACACAGGAUGAACCAAGCCAGACCUCAUUGCAGAAAGAGAUUAGUGCCGAAGAGCAGCUAAGGCUCCUGCAAGAGGAGAAGCUUUGCAAAAUCUGUAUGGAUAGAAAUAUUGCUGUGGUUUUUAUUCCUUGUGGACAUCUGGUCACUUGUAAACAAUGUGCUGAAGCAGUUGACAAAUGUCCCAUGUGCUACACAAUCAUUACUUUCAAGCAAAAAAUUUUUAUGUCUUAAUCUAACUCUACAGUUAGGCGCAUUAUGUUCUUCUCAUUACCCUGAUUGAGUGUGUGAUGUGAACCGACUUUAAGUAAUCAGCAUUGAAUGCCAUUAACAUUUGCUACCAAGUAGACAAAAUGUAAAGUACGCUGCUCUAGUUUGUAAUCUAAAAUAUGAAUUUCUGGAUUGGAUUUGGGGGAGAUAUUAGCUAUGUUAUAUAUCUUAUUUUUUUUACUGUUAUUGAAAACUAGACUAAGCAUCAUAUUGUAACUGACUGCAGUGUGUAUUUGUAGUACACUAACUUGGUUUCUAAGUGUAAGUGAAUUAAUCAACUGAAUUUCUCAUUCUUUUCAUAUAGGCUUAACAAAUGGAGCAUUCUGUGUAAACGUGGAGAUUAGAGUUAAUCUCCCCAAUCACAUAAUUUGUUUUGUGUGAAAAAGGAAUGAACUGUUCCACACUGGUGGAAAGAUAGAGAUUAUUUUUAGACGUUUGUCUUUGUGUUUUAGGAUUCUGUCCAUUCUCUUUUAAAAUUACACACACGUGCUUGGGUGGGUGAUUUUAAAAAAUGAUUUUGCCAUUGUCAAAAGGGUAUUUAAGGAUAGAAUAGCAUGUAGCCAACACGUACUGACAUGGAAAGAUGUCAGAGCUACAUUAAGUGUAAAAUGAAGUGGCAAAACACUAUGUAUAGAAUGCGCCAGAUGAAAGUGUGUGUGUUUUGUAUUUGUAUAGAACAAAAGAUUUGAAAAGAUGAUGCAUCAAAUUGUUAA